AUGGUGCCCCUGGGAGGUACACAGCCUCGCCCACGUGGGGACCCACACGCCGGGCGGAGGACGACGUCCGCGUCCUCGGGACUGCCGCCCGGCUGGCCACACUGCCCCGUGAUCCAGGGCUGCUUGCAGGGCUCAGGUGCAACGGGCCAGCAGCCAGGCCGGGGCGGGCGUGGCGUUCACGAGGCCUCUUCUAGGACCAGAGGGGCCAGGGGGGCCAGAGAGCGACAGAGUCCGCGUCUCAGAGGACCAUGCGGGGCCGCAGAGGCGCGUGCCCGGACCGCAGAGCCUGUCCCACUGCCCGGGGUGGCUCUGACAGCCUCGCAUGAUUUAACUCACUUCAUCCCCAAACACCGAGCAGACAUCACAGCCACGGUCCGCUCGCAGUGCCGGGAGCUGAGGCUGAACGGCUCGCUGAGCUGGACCCGAGCCCCAGGCCGGUGUCUGGCCGGUGACCUUGGCACCUCGCCGCAGCCAUAG